CGAGUCCUUCGCUGUUACUACAUCACCUUUUGUUUUGUACACUAUGAGCCGUGGUCGAGGAUUCGUGAGAGGCGCAGGUCGAGGUCGAGGUCGUGGUGGCCCUCCACAGCGUGAUUUUGGUCCACCAGAUGAAGUCUACGAAAUGGGCGCCUUCAUGCACGCUGUGGAAGAUGAAAUGCUUUGUUCUUCUCUCAUGCCAGACAAAGUUCCUUACUUCAAUGCCCCAAUCUACCUCCAAAACAAAUCAGUUAUCGGCAAGGUCGACGAGAUUCUCGGUCCCAUCAAUGAAGUCUACUUCUCUGUUAAGAUGGGCGAGGGUAUGGUCGCAAAUAGCUUCAAAAAGGGAGACAAGGUCUAUAUUGCGGGAGACAAGCUGCUGCCCAUUGACCGCUUUCUGCCAAAGCCAAAAACACCCGGCACCGCGAAACGCGGCAGAGGUGCGGGUCGCGGCGGGCCUGCUAGGGGCAGGGGUGGCGGCGGAGCAAGAGGCGGCGGCUUCCAGCGUGGUGGGCGAGGAGGAGGAAGGGGUAUGGGCAGGGGCGGUUUUGGGGGAGAUCGUGGCCGCGGUGGUUUCAGAGGUGGUGGUGGUGGUGGUCGCGGCUUUUCUCGGGGCGGCCGGGGCUUCAGAGGGUCAUGAAAUCCGAUCCUGGAGCUCCCGUCGUUUGGUGCCUGCAGUUGUGCAAUAGCUAUGUCUUGAUAGACUUGACUUCUGCGCUUGCCACUCUGAAACGCUCUGCUCGC